AUGUCUGGCUACAACAGCCGUGGCUCGCGGCUUAGUCGCACUUCAGGCUACACCUCGACCAACGACAACAGCACAUCUGGCCGUAGCCCUCGCGACCCGUACCGUUUAGGAUAUGCCGCCACGCCUCGCGCCAACAGCCCUCGCAGCUCCUACGGAUCAGGCUAUCCCGCUCCAGCUCGCGACCACAGCCCAGACGGCCGCACGUCCCAAAGGAGCCGCACACCAACCCCAGCUCGCCGCGAUUCUUACCCAUCCAGCUUGCGAUCAGGUGGCGGCUACGGUGGUCCGGCACGUGAGAGGUAUGGCGAGCGGGGCGAGGACGAGCAGACGUACUGCGCAGCACCUCGAGACACCGAACGCCGCGAUAGAGGUGGUGCUUUCGGCGUGUACGACGAGCCGUCGGGCCGUCGUGAGGAUGAGGGCACCGCAAGACCGCGCCGCCCCGAGUCUUACGCAGCCGCCAACACUCUCCUGGACUUCUGCAACAGCCCUGUCGACCGCCACUCACGCCCACCAUUCACCCGGCAGAACCCCAGCUCUCGUCGUGGCGCAGAAGACUUAAGGUCUCAAAACACGGCACCAAACCAUCAACGUGAUGUGGUCCCCUCGAUCGAGACCACCAGUCAGACUCGUCGGACAGCCUACUACGAGUCACACGCUACACCCAGUCCCCGCUCCUCCGCUCCGCGAACCCCAGACCUCUACUUCCCGACUCGACUCUACUCUACCAUCUCUCCACGCCCCUACAACUCCAACUACUCGACGGACUACGAGAUUGACCGCCCGAGCAACCAGAACCGCUACCGCAGCGAGUCCCGCUCCUCGACGCUAUCAGGCGGAGCCACUACUAACAGCGAGACCCACUCAUCUUCACAUCGAGCCUAUGGAAGCCAUCCAGCGUCAGAUCGAGUCCAUGGAAGCUACUCACCGUCAGAUCGACCCCAUGGAAGCUACUCGCCGUCAGAACGGGUCCAUGGAAGCUACUCGCCUUCAGAUCGAACCCACGGAAGCUACUCGUCUGAGGAUAGGAGCGAGAGUGAGUAG